AUGGAUGGAGAUGAGACAAACCGAUGUGCCCUAGGCUUGAACAAUGAACUGGAACUUGACUUCCAACACCCUCUUUACCUGCAUCCUGCUGAUAUACAAGCCAACACUCUUGUUCCUCAAGUUCUCCGUGGCUCUAACAAUUACUCUGUUUGGAGUCGAGCCAUGGAAUUGGCACUUCUUGGAAAGAAUAAAUUAGGAUUCGUUUUAGGGACAUGCACUCGUGAAAAACAACAUUCCCACCUCCAAGAUCAGUGGGAUCAUUGCAAUGCUGUAGUGCCCUCCUGGGUCAUCAAUUUUGUGGAUGCUCAAAUCACUAGUGGCCUAGUCCUUUCUUCAAAUGCACACUUGGUUUGGGUAGACCUUAAGGAAAGAUUUGUUGCAGUUGAUGGUGCAAAAUUUUUUUCAUUAUGUCGUUCAAUUAAUUCUCUUACACAAGGCACCUUAUCUGUAUCUGCCUACUACACUAAGCUGAAAGAAUUGUGGGGUGAGCAAGCAACAAUGGUCCCUAUUCCUAACUGUUCCUGUCACUCUUCUAAGGAAUAUGUUGAGAGUAUUCAGGAAGCCCAAAAGAACCCUGAAAAUCAAGCAAAUCCAGCUAUAAAUGAUUCUGGGAAGACAACUAACAAUCAUGAAGUUCCAAGCUCUCAGACUUCCUGGUUUACACCUGAUCAAUACAAGAAAAUAUUGGGACUGCUCGAUCGUGAUUUAGAUCCAAAUGAAGCUGCUGUGAGCAUCCAAGCUACAACACCAGGUUUGGCAGUAAACUUAGACUAUGAAUGA